GAUCAUUCAUAUACACGUCUGACUGUUGCAACGAGGGGUGCUGCUACACUCUUACGUGCGCAUAGGCUUACGGGAUUCGCACAGGAAAGAUGAGUUCGCCGCGCAAGAAGUCGACGCCGGAACUCGUUCAGGACUUCGAUCUCGACUAUCUCGUGUCCGUCUUUGCAAACAACGUCUUCACUUCCAAUGCUACCGAUCCUGAAAAGGUUCGUACUUUCGACGAUAUCCAACAGAAGUGCGUGGAACUUUUUGACAAGGACUACAUAGUAAAGGUGAUAGACAACGAUCGUGGGAAGCUGAGCGCCACUUAUCCCAACAAGAUAGUGUCCUUGGCGCUUCCGGCUGAUAACGGCGACAGUAAUGAUCGCGACAGCAAUGACCAUCAACGACGCACUCACGAACUUCGGAUGCUCAUGCAGAAGUCGCGAGUGGCCAGGGCACGCACACGUUUUGUUGUUCCGGUCAUAUUAUACGACGGAAAGCAUAUAUGCAGGUCUGCAACGCUUUCUGGGGGAAUAGAGAUCUACACACGAGCUCUGGCGGAAUAUCUCUGCGGUCCUUCACGCUGCUCAUUUUCACAAUUUCGGGCUUCCUUGGGACUAGUUCAACGCCCGACGGACAGUAGCAGUGCAGCUACUGAUGAGCUAAUCCCCGAAUCUCCAGAGUCCAUAGACGAGCCCGACAGCCCUGGUCUUCUGUCGACCCCCGGGGCCCGAGAGGAAUACGAAGACCUUUCUCAAGGAGCAGAAAGCACGUCGAAUUUGCCUCAAGACGAUGCUUCACUGCACGCCGAACUGCGGAAGGAAGACAUAGAGCUCCUCAGGCUCCUGUCAGUACGCCGGAUUUGCGACUUGAUGGUUGAAGGCAAAAAGGAAAAAUUCUGUUUGAAGAUGACGUCCUCGGAGAAGGUUGACAAGUUCGGGAGAUACCGCGAUUUUACCAUUUUUAAGCUUCCUUACCCAGGUUGCGAGUUCUUCGAAAAGUACGUAAAGCAGCUCUACAAUCCCGAAGGCCUUUACUUCGACUGGACACAGCAUUUUGUGGACGUCGAGCUGGAAGUUCCCGAAACCAGCAUUUCUUCGGAGCUCAACAUUGACUGGAAGAAUUACAAGCAUUGGGACCUGGUAGAGCUCACCAAAAAUUACCUGAAGUUUUUACUGAAAGUCAUUAUCGACGGUGACUCCAGCCUUUUGGUUCACUGUAUCUCCGGCUGGGACCGCACUGCCCUGUUCAUCUCAAUGCUGCGUUUAUCCCUAUGGGCCGAUAACAAGAUUCACCAGAACCUGUCGGCACUGGAGAUGGCCUACCUAACUGCCGCGUAUGACUGGUUCCUCUUCAGUCAUAAUCUACCUAACCGGGUACAAAAGAGCGAAGAGAUCUUCUUCUUCUGCUUCAACAUGCUGAAGUAUAUCAGCACGGAAGAGUUUUCAACGCUAAGCCUUGAGAAUACCGCCAACAAGAUCACUGAUAGUAUUGGAACGGCCAAGGCCUCGGGGGAACGUUCGCAGGAAACCGAUGCCAGCUGUUCAGUACACCAGAUUGCGGCAGCCGGUACCAGACACACCGGGCAAGAGACGCUGCAGGUGGACGCGACCAGUGCCGGGCCAUCAGUCCAAGGCGAUACGAGCCACGAUGCCAGCUGCGAAAGCACCUUGAGCAGUCGGGGCCCUGAUGCACCGCGAGACUUUUCUGCGCCAACGGACUCCAAUGACGAAUGUGGAAGAAAUGGCUGGCAAAUCAUCAAAGAUACAGGAUCCACAGACAGCAGUUUGUCCUCUGACGUCGACAGUGACCAAAACACGACCGCUUCGAGUAUCCGCAGAAGCAGUGACAACGUGAAAAAACCGGGUGGCUCUGAAGAUUCAGCACACUCAAGCAAGGAUUUUUCGCUGAAGCUUCGCCGGGAACGACUGGAGGAAGUACGCCGUAUUGUGUGCAGAACUUACAUCAACGUCAGAGCCGCAGUGCCACACAGACCUGCUUCCACGAGAUGCCUCAACGCUAUCGCGCGGACCUUUUCUGUGACAAGUGCCCGAGAAGGGUCGGGAUCGCCGCGGGCAGAAAGGCAGCGGCCUAUGGAGUAAACAGUACAUUCGCGUGCAUUAUUGAGUAUUGCCUGCUGGAGCGAAGCGUUCAACCUUAUCUUUCUGCACUUGGAAUGUUUGCCCCGUGCCGCUCUAUUUCCCGUGUCUGUUCUCGUGCCAGCUUUCUACGAGAGGGGAACUUAACUGGGCAGCUCCAGUUUCAGCCGCACUGACGAGGGUGCUUAUCUUGAAGCGCUAGGUGUAACGCUGAUGCCCCGUCGACGCUGAUAUUGUGCAAACCUGAUUCCAUUUUCUAAGACGUGUGAGCACGCAAGAGUCAACUCUAUGCUGCUAUGACUGUAGGAUGCGCCUGUCCUGCAACUUUUACCAAAAAUCGUUACAGCACCAUCUCUGUGUGACGCUUCUACGCUGUUGCCACGUUUUAAAAUUCUACACCAUGGCAGCUUGGGCUAGUCGGUGCGUACUCUACAGGGGAACAGAUCGAAAACACGAAGGGCAAGAAAGGGAAUGCACAACAGCGCUGGUAUGGGCUCCCUUUCUUCUUCGUCUUUCCGCUCUGUUCCCCUGUAGAGGUUUUAAAAUAGUUGAUUUUAUUGCUCGCAAAGGCCCCGCGCGGGCGUUCCUGGACGAAUAAAUUUAGCGAAAUUCUUCCCAAGAUUUAAGGCACUGCGUUGCCCUGAGGCCUGUGAACGUGCAUGUUUUAACGCAAUAUGUAAGCUUGCAAAUGUAGAAGUGACUUUUAUACCUUCAAUUUAGUCUGCCGUUUAUACGCGCUACUCUUGUAGCUCUGUAAUGUAGUUGUACAGUAGAUAAUUAUGAUGAGUGGGGUAUACGUAUACGUGGUUUUUCAGUGUGCUUUAAUGGACUUCAUGCACCGUUUUAUAUCUUGUACGUAUUGUAAGACUUCAUGAAAGAACUGCAACCCUAAGUUGCAUGGAGUACUGAUUUCAGACUGUUUUAUACAGUGCCAUCGCACUCGGGUGCCGGUACGAACAAUAAAGAUGACACAGGAUACUUCCGUACCUUUGAA